CUUCCUGAUGACCCGGAAGUCACUCAAAGUGUACUGGGGUAAAUAAGCUGCGUGCGUUGUGUUUGUUAGCCGUUUUAAUCCUUCUGCGUGUUCCGCUGUUUUUAAUCGUUUUUAAAGUUGCUCUUUCGUUCAGAAGUGCUGUAUUUUACGGGAGAUGGGUGUCCCCGCGUUUUUCCGCUGGUUGAGUCGGAAGUAUCCGUCAAUAAUAGUACACUGUCUUGAGGAGAAGGCCAAGGAGUACAAUGGCAUUAAAAUCCCAGUUGAUACCAGCAAACCCAAUCCGAAUGAAGUGGAGUUUGACAUCCUGUAUCUAGACAUGAAUGGAAUUAUUCACCCGUGCACACAUCCAGAGGACAAGCCAGCUCCUAAAAAUGAAGAUGAAAUGAUGGUUGCCAUUUUCGAAUAUAUUGACCGUCUCUUUAACAUCGUUCGACCGAGACGGGUUCUGUACAUGGCAAUUGAUGGUGUGGCUCCUCGUGCCAAAAUGAACCAGCAGCGCUCAAGACGCUUCCGGGCAUCUAAAGAAGGAGUGGAGCUUGUAGAGGAGAAAAAUAAAAUGAGGGAAGAAGUUAUUCAGAGAGGUGGUUACCUGCCUCCCGAGGGAAUAAAAGAGCGUUUUGACAGUAACUGUAUCACCCCUGGGACCGAAUUCAUGGAUAAUUUGGCCAAAUGCUUGCGAUAUUACAUUGCAGACAGACUGACCAAUGACCCUGGAUGGCGCAAUAUCACAGUUUUCUUGUCAGAUGCCAGUGUUCCUGGAGAAGGGGAGCAUAAAAUUAUGGAUUUCAUCAGAAGACAGAGAGCUCAGCCAAAUCAUGACCCAAACACACAUCACUGUCUCUGUGGAGCUGAUGCUGAUUUGAUCAUGUUGGGUUUGGCGACACAUGAACCCAACUUUACCAUUAUAAGAGAAGAGUUUAAACCCAACAAACCCAGACCCUGCGCCCUGUGUGGUCAGAUGGGCCAUGAGAUCAAAGAUUGUCAGGGGCUGGCCCGAGAAAAACAGGGCGAGCAUGAUGAAUUUGCAGACACAGUUCCAGUAUCAGAACAGGAGUUCAUAUUCAUCCGACUGUCUGUGUUACGAGAGUAUUUGGAGAGGGAGUUGACAAUGGCCAGCCUGCCCUUCCCGUUCAACUUCGAGCGGAGUGUCGACGACUGGGUGUUCAUGUGUUUCUUUGUGGGAAACGACUUCUUGCCCCACUUACCGUCUCUUGAGAUCAGAGAGGGCGCCAUCGAUCGUCUGGUUGGCAUCUACAAAGAUGUUGUGCAUAAGACCGGGGGCUACUUAACAGAAAACGGCUUUGUCAAUCUCGAGCGUGUCGAGCUCAUUAUGCAAGCCGUAGGGGUGGCAGAGGACAACAUCUUCAAAAAGCGCAAAGACGACGACGAGAGUUUUAAACGGAGAAUGAAGGAAAAGAAAAAACGAAUGAAAGCAGACCAGGGUCCAUCAUUUGUCCCUGGUGGCCAGUUUGCCCCUCGGGCUCUGGGCGGCAGAGACAGACCCAUAGCAGUGCAGAACGCCAGACAAACUGCAUAUGAUAUGAGGAUGCAGGGAAAUCAGCGCAAUCAGGAAGCAGCUCAGUCCUUGAGAGCCAUGAUGAAAAAUGGAAAGAGUGCUGCUGGAGCCAGUAAUGACAUGGAUAAUCGUGGUGUGAAACGUAAAGCUGAGAACAGUGACAGCGAACCAGAACCAGAAGAUAAUGUCAGGUUAUGGGAGGAGGGCUGGAAACAGCGUUACUACAAAACCAAAUUUGACGUGGACGCGACAGAUGAUGAGUUUCGAAAGAAAGUGGUGCAGUCAUACGUGGAGGGCCUGUGCUGGGUGCUCAGGUACUACUAUCAGGGCUGCGCGUCCUGGAAGUGGUAUUUUCCCUUUCAUUAUGCUCCGUUUGCCUCUGACUUCAAAGACAUCAAGGGCAUGUUCAGCGAUUUUGAGAAAGGGACCAAACCGUUCAAACCUCUGGAGCAGCUUAUGGGUGUAUUUCCUGCUGCCAGUGGAAACUUCCUGCCACCAACAUGGAGAGCUCUGAUGACGGACCCAGAAUCUUCAAUCAUUGAUUUCUACCCUGAUGACUUUGCCAUUGAUUUGAAUGGGAAGAAGUAUGCCUGGCAGGGUGUUGCUUUGUUGCCGUUUGUCGACGAGCGGAGGUUACGAGCAGCUUUAGCAGACGUCUACCCUGAUUUGUCUCCAGAGGAGGUGAGAAGGAACAGUCUAGGAAGUGAUGUCGUGUUUGUGGGCAAGUCCCACCCCCUUUGUGAUUUCAUCCGGGAACUCUACUUUGCAGAAUCUCAUGAGGCCACUGAGAUCCCUGCAGAACUUUGCCAUGGAAUCCAAGGUAUAUUAAAUCUAGAUGAAGACCCUAUUCUACCAGAUAAACCAGUGGAGUCGCCGAUCCCAACACUGAGAGACAUCAGCAGCAACAAUGCUAUUGGAAUCCAAUUCAAGGAUCCGCAGUAUGAUGGUGGUUUUGUGUUCAAGGCUGUUGUCCUACCAGGGGCGAAGAUCCCUAACAAGGUUCUUAAACCGGGUGAUUGGGAGCAGAGUAACCGCGGCCCAUGGAGACCUCAACUGGGAUUCAACCCAAACCGCCAACAAGCCCAUCUGGACCAAUCGGCUUUCAGAAAGCUCAAUCACUAUGUGGACAGAAAUCAAGGGGUGGGUCUAUUUGGCGCCGGCCCAUCUUUUGAGGCUCAGCAUAGGGGCGGUCAGUACAGCAAUGCCCCGCCCCCCAGAAACUAUCAGCAAGGAAACUACUAUCCACCCCAAAGAGACCAUUACCCUCAAAACCAGUAUUCCAGACCACCUCCAGUGAACGCCGCCGCACCGUAUCCUAGGUUCCAGCAUGGAUCUCACGGUUGGGAUCAGGCCAUGCAGUCCCAGAGCACCGCGUACCAGCAGAACCAGCAGAGAGGACGAGGAGGAUGGAGACCCCCUCAAAACCAGCAGGACAGCCGCAGAGGAGGACAACAGCAGGGGUCUGGACAGGGUUAUGGGUUGCCUCCACCAUCACAACGCAACAACUGGAACUGAACGCUCAGCCUUAUGUGAAAGAAGCUUCUUAUUUUCUAUAACAAGCAAACAUUGUCUUUUUUGGGCUGUUAAUUUGUAAAGUUUUUUUUCUUGUUUUACUGACAAAAUGUUCUUAUGUACUGAUUUUUAAGAAUAUGCCUGUAAAACUUAUGAAAUACACAUAAGAGACAAGA